AUGGGUCUUAAGGGCAAGAGUUUUCUCGCUCGAAGCAGGGAAAAGAAGAGAGAAAAACUAGAAAAGUUUCAAGCGAAGGAAGAAAGCUUGCUACAGGACAUUCAGGCAGCAGAGAAAAGAGAAGAAGAGAGAAGAGAAAAACGUCAAGGUGCCGAGAGACGUCUGCAUAACUCUACUCGCGCUGCCAACAUUCUCCGAGAUCGAUUGAGAAUCCGUCAAGAAAGGCUCGCACUGGUCCAUCAGCAGAGAGCAACCGCUGAGGCGAGAUUACAAAUACUUCGCCACGACAAGCUAGUAAACGACGAGGCGUGUAAUAACCUUGAAAUUUCACAUAAACAGGAGCCGGAACGACGAAGGAAACUACAAGUGGAACUGUACCGAGUGAUUCGAGAUAACGAGCGCAUAAAAGAAGAAACUGCUUUUAUUUACAGUAAAGUGGAAGAGAGAUUUGACGAGCUCAGAGAAAAACUGAAAGUAUUAAGAUCCCGUGAGAGAGCAAUUGUGGAAAAUGAGAAGAUUGUGAAUGAAUAUCAGUUAAAAAUCCAUCGUCAGCUUGAGCAGAGGAAGUCGGAAGAAUACCACAAACAGAGAAUGAAGGAGUUCAUAGUUUACGUAAUGAAAAUGAAUCUCCACGCCGCACUCAGCAGAAAACACAUGGUAGAGAGACGAGGUCAACAUCUGGUUCAAAUGAUCCAGAACUUUGUGAAUGAACUCGAAAGAACUACAUUUAGACUGUCAGAACUGAAGAAACAAAAAUGUGAAACGAGGCCCCUUAGAAAAUUGCAGAAAAAAUUGAGGUUCGCUGAGAUUGACUGCGGUUCGGUUUGA